UCCGCCUCCACGCGUACCGCACGGGCACGAAACGUCGGAUCCACAGCCAUGGCCUCCUCCGCCCCCCAGAUGGCGGCGGCCGCGCCGGAGAAUAGACCUCCCCGCUCGCUCUUCGACCUCCCCUCGGACUUCUUCGACUCGUAUGUACUCUUCCGGUCCCACCCCGCCUUGGCCCCUUCCCCAGCGGAGCCGUCCGAACCCUCCAGGCCGGCGCCGGCGCCGUUGCAGCAGCAGCAACCGCCGGAGGCCGGGGGGUUCCGGUGGACGUGUAAAACCUGCGCCGGCGAAUUCGAUUCACUGCAGGAGCAGCGCGAGCACUUCAAGUCCGAUCUCCACCGCCUCAACGUUAAGCUGAGUGUUGCUGGUAAAUCUAUUAUCAAGGAAGAAGACUUGGAAAAAAUUGAUUCUGAUUCUCUAUUUGACGAUUUGGAGGUAUCUAGUGUAUCUGGUUCUGAGGACGAAAGGGAAGAUGUGCCUGCAUCGGAUCACCGGCUCUCAGUUAAAGGCAAGGAAGACUUCAGGAAGAAACUUUUUUUUCAUGGUCAUUCUGGUGACACAGUUUCUUUUUGGAGAUGCGUACUGUUCAAAGAACAUGAAGAACCAUUUUUUGACUGCAAAUCUGGAAAAAUGGAAAAUCACGGGUCUACAUUGUAUGUGCAUGAAGAUGAGAUGAUAAAUAGAGUGAAGCAGUUGGCAUGUGAACCUCGCAAUGCAUCGCAUUUGAGGAUCAUUAUAUUAACAAGUGGUGGACAUUUUGCUGGAUGUGUUUUUGAUGGAAACAAAAUGUUAGCAAAUAAAACUUUUCACAGGUAUGUUGUAAGGGCAAAGGCUGGAAAGAGGCAGUCUGGAAAAGAUGCUACUGGAAAGGUUGCACACUCAGCGGGCUCCUCUCUUCGCCGCUAUAACGAAGCAGCAUUGAAAAAGGAAGUUCAAGAAUUAAUAGUUUCUUGGAAGCCAUACUUUGACGCCUGUGUUUGUGUCUAUAUAUACGCUCCAUCAAAGAACCGCCAGAUGCUCUUUGAUGGGGAUAAGGCUCAAUCGGUAUUGCAAGCAUGUGAUAUUCGUCCACUCCCUUUGACUGUUCAUCGGCCCACCUUGAAAGAAGCGAAACGCGUAUACAAUAACCUAACACAGCUCUAUUAUGAGACGGAAUGCUCUAUUAUGGGUGAAGUAUUACCCCUUGUGGAAAAUGUGACAAAGUUUGUGCAAAGUACAGAAGCAAGGGAAGAAAUAAGUGUGGCCCCUGAGGAACCUAUUUUGGACUCAUCGAGUUCGCAUGAAGCAAUGGCCAUACCAUCUAAUAAUGCAACAACACCUCUCCAUGAAGCUGCAAAGGCUGGCAAUGUUGAACAAACUAUGGAAUUGCUCGAGCAGGGUUUGGAUCCUUGUAUCAAAGAUGAAAGAGGAAAGACACCUUACCUGCUGGCUUCAGACAAAGAAGUCAGAAAUACGUUCAGAAGAUUCAUGGCGCUCAACCUUGACAAAUGGGAUUGGCAUGCUGCUGAGGUGCCUAGUGCAUUAACAAAGGAAAUGGAAGAAUCACAAGCUGCAAAACAGGCAGAGAAGGAUGCCAAGAAGAAAGCCAGAGCAAAGGAACUGAAGAAACAAAAGAAGGCUAGAGAGAAGGAAAAGGAAAAGGAAAAGGAAAAAGAGAAGGCGCUAGCAGCGCAAUCACAACCUGUUGCUAAAGGCAUUUCAGUUGGCCAAAUGGGCAAACCAACUGCUUCUGUGUCAGGCCUGAAACAUAAGAAUCCCCAGGCUGUUGCUCUUUCUAUGCAGGAGGAACGAGACCGAAAACUCGCUGACGAAAGAGAGAAAAGAGCAGCGGCAGCGGAAAGAAGGCUCACGGCGCUAGCAGUUCAAUCAGGGCCCUCGACCGCGGCGGGCAGCUCCACGCAGACAACAACAGCGGCAAACGACGCUGCAUGUUCAUGCUGUUUCUCAUCCCUGGCAGGCAAGGUACCAUUCCAUAGGUACAGCUACAAGUACUGCAGCACUACAUGUAUGCAUCUCCAUUCAGAAAUGCUGGAAGAUGACUGAGCUUUUUGUUGUCGUGGAGAAACAUACCGAGAUUUUGUGGUACCUUCAAUUUUAAUGAACUAGUCCGGAGCUGGCCCAUCUGCCAGUUUUUGCUUUA